GAGAGAGAGAGCUCCGCAGUGAAAUAGUCGGAAUAUCCCUCCAGUGUGUCAACAGAGUCCCAGGCAGCAGCAGACUGGAGAGUAAAGCUGCUCUGGUUUCUUCUAUCUGACUCUCUCUCUCUCAAAUCUGCAUCACUUUGCACAUAAAGCUGCAUCAGAUCUUUGAGUUCAUAUCAGAUCUCUCUCCUCUCUGCUGAAAAGCAUCCAGACUUCAGAGUUGAGCCGAACCGAGAGCAGCCAGCAGCAACAUGAGCAUGAGCCGGGCAGCAGCGCGUCCGGAGAGCCCGGCCAGGAGCCCCUGCAGGAGGCAGCAGCAGCAGCAGCAGCAGCAGCCGGGCGGCCAGACGCACAGCCCGGCUGCGAUGGAGCUCCGGUCCGGGACCAGGGACAGCAGAGCAGGGUCUGGGUCUGGACCCUCGCUCCACAAAACAGCCCGGAGCAAGAGGCACCUGGAGGGGGUCCUGAAGAAAUACACCAACCCGCUCCAGGGCUGGCAGAGCAGAUAUUUUGUACUGGACCCGGAGGUUGGUCAGCUCCAAUAUCAUCUGAAUGAACUCAGUAGAAGCCAGCGACCUCCCAGAGGGUCUCUGCCUCUCCUUGGAGCAAUGGUGGUCUCCAGCGACGAGUAUCCCUACAUGUUUACUAUUCAAUCCACUACUGGGGAUUCCUACAAACUCAGAGCGCUGGACGCCCAGGAGCAAGAGUUAUGGAUGACUCAGCUACAGCUGUGUUCCCGACGCCACUCUGACAGCAGCGCCAAGGUGAUGAUCCAGGCUGAAGGGCAGCAGAAGAACCUGGUCAACUCUAUUGAGUCCCUACCGCCUCGAGGUGGAGCCCUCUCUUCUCUGGAUGAGGACCUGCUCAUUUUAAAGGCCACUUCUGCAGCCACUUUGAGCUGCCUGGGGGAGUGCCUCACUCUGCUGCAGCACAAUGUUGUCCAGGCCCUCAACCAGAACCAAAACCACAGCCCUAGCCCCAGCCUCAACCGUAGCUCGGCUGGUUUGAAUCAGGCCGCUACGACAGAAAGAGUCAAGACGUGGAGUCAGCGAUGCAGCUCCAGCGUGAACCAGGUCGAGCCUGGUGGCCUCAGGUCCAGCAGUCAAAGCCCGACUCCCAGCUUCAGUGAGAGUCUGAGUCCCAAAGACAGCAGCUGCAGUUUAAGACGAGGAAGUGGCCACAACCACAACCACAUCCAGAGCCAGAGUCAUGGCCGUGAACAUGCAGAUGGUUCCACUGGAUGGUCCAGAUCUCUUUCUGAGAAGCAGGUGAAAAAUGGCGCACAAACACCUCUCUCCUCCUCUAUCUGGCCUUCUACCACUCCAACACACAAGGACCCUUCUGAGCAGGGACAGCAGCAGGGUCAAACCAGCAGCCCAGAAACCCUGGAUCCCACCGACGAGACCACGGACACAGAGGACCAUGAGGAGGAGGACCUGGGAGUUCUGGAUGACCAGCGAAGCAUCAUGCUUCACCUCCUGUCCCAGCUCAAACUUGGCAUGGACCUCACACGGGUGGUGCUCCCUACCUUCAUCCUGGAGAAGCGCUCCCUACUAGAGAUGUACGCAAACUUCAUGGCUCAUCCCGACAUGUUCCUCUCCAUCACCUCCGGCUGCACGCCAGAGGAGCGCAUCGUUCGCUUUGUGGAGUACUACCUGACUGCCUUCCACGAGGGCCGGAAGGGCGCUGUGGCCAAGAAGCCCUACAACCCAAUCCUGGGUGAGAACUUCCACUGUUCCUGGUAUGUGCCUCGGGACCGCGUUCGACCUCUCAGGACUACCAACUGUGCUGGUCCCAACUCGGCACCCUCAGCCACUUCUACCAUCCCCGGGUCCCCACAGAGGGGGACGGAUGGUAGCAGCAGCAGAAGAAACUCAGACUGCUAUCGUGUUCGGUUUGUGGCGGAGCAGGUGUCCCACCACCCACCUGUAUCAAGCUUCUACUGCGAGUGCAAGGAGAAAAGGAUGUGUGUCAACACUCACGUCUGGACCAAGAGCAAGUUCAUGGGCAUGUCUGUCGGAGUCUCCAUGGUCGGGGAAGGUGUGCUGUAUUUGUUGGAGCAUGAUGAGGAGUACGUGUUCACACUGCCCUGUGCCUACGCCCGCUCCAUCCUGACUGUGCCAUGGGUGGAACUUGGGGGAAAGGUCACAAUCAACUGUGCCAAGAGUGGGUACUCUGCCACUGUCACCUUCCACACCAAACCCUUCUAUGGAGGAAAAGUACACAGAGUAACAGCAGAGGUGAAGAACAACCAAACAGGAAACGUUGUGUGUAAGGCCCAGGGGGAGUGGAACGGGAUGCUGGAGUUCACCUACAGCAACGGGGAGAACAAGGUGAUCGAUACCUCCAAGCAACAGAUCAUCAAGAAGAAGAUCCAGCCUCUAGAGAAGCAGGGCCAGUAUGAGUCACGGCGUCUUUGGCAGCACGUAACGGCGUCGCUCAAGGCAGGAAACAUGGACGCAGCCACAGAACACAAACACUUCCUGGAAGAGAGGCAGCGCCGCGAGGGCAAACAGAGAGCUGCAACCAAAACCCCCUGGAAACCCAAAUAUUUUGUUAAAGAGGGUGAAGGAUGGGUGUACCACAACCCUCUGUGGAAAGCUCACUGACCAGGAGCCUUGGAAGCGGCUGUCCAAUCCCAGACAACUAGUGGGGCGAUCGAGGCCGAGGGCUGGCCGACAGAGAUGUGAGGAGAGAGACAGACAGACGGAGAGAGAGACAGAACAAGUGGUACCAAAGACAAGCAGAGGAAAAUGGACAAAGUUCCAGUCCUGUCCAAUCAGAAACAUGUUGGUUCAGCAGUGAGGUGAGACUGAUCUUACACGGGUAACAGCCACUUUUGAGAUUACAGUAUUCAGACAGAAUGGGGGACGUUUUUUCUGUCAGCUGAUCCCAACAAACCCCUGUAAACGGCUACUGCCCCUCUCACUGUUUAGUUGUUUGCACAAUGUACUAAACAACCGUGUUGGUCACAACAGAUUUGCACAAUUCACUGUACAAUAUAGUGUAAACUGCAUAUGUGUGAGCAAUGAGUGUGUGUGUGUGUGUGUGUGUGUGUGUGUAAGAAUGGAUGGAUAGACUAUUUAGCCACUUUGAAAAACAACCCUGUUUCAUAGAGUCCAGACAGCAGCAGGGUCGAAUGUAGUCCGACUAAUUUCAUUAGAUGUUGAAGCUGCAGCGCACUGAUCUUCUCUGUAAAGGAACUUAAUAUGACAGAGAACUUUUUUAGGGGAGAAAUGGUGUUUUAUCUGAAGUCAUAAUCAUUAGGGGAAGGCUCCAUCCUCAAAGUAUUGUACAUACAUCACUUUCACUUUCAUAAUAAACCCUCCAAUCAGCCGUUACGUCACUACAGUGGCUUGAAAAGAAGUGCCCCUUCCCACUGGAACAUUUACUAUGCUGCAGUUUGAUCCUAAACUUAGCUUUAAUGGGUCAGUUCAUGCAUAUAACUGUACAAAAAAUACAUGCUCUCACUUCCCUCUAUUGGUAUCUUUCCAUGCAGGUUUUAUUUGUCCCGGUUUUCCAAUAUCUGCCUUCGAAAUUGAAUUCAUUUUUUUUCAUUUUUCAGCACAGAAAAGUGAUAUUUUACAUGACACUCCCAUUUAUUUUAUUUAUUUAUUUAUUGGAUUUGGGAGAGCUGACUCAACCAUGUUAAAAUCAAGAUAUAAAACAAGCUAGUUCAUUUACUGAGCCUUGCAGUUUUACUGCUAAAUUAAAUAAUGUAGAGUAGUCUUACAAAGUUAGCUUUGCUGCAUUAGCUGUAACUGUAGCUGCGAGCUUUUAACCAGCCUGUUGACUUUGAAUUCUGAGUCCACAGAUGAUCGAUUAAAGGAAUUGAUGUUUAAAAUGUAUAUUUUGACCGGAGGUUCCGUCUUUGCUUUUCAAAUAUGAACGGUUUGUUAAAGUUACUAGAAAGGAACUUUUAACUGGUUAUGAAACAGUCUCAGUGUAAUACUGCAACUUCUAUAUGACCUAAAUAAGGAAACGAGACCAUCAGCAAGAAGAUUGGCUAUUUCUUUAUAGUUAUUUUUAAUGGCUGUCAUCAAGUCUGAUUCCCCCUCGACAUCAGACGAAACGGCACUGACCAGGCCCAGGCCGUAUUGCUGGGCCCGCUGGAGAUGAAGGGAGGCGCGGGAGAACCAGAAGCAGGACUGAGCGGGGCAGACUGCCAGACCCUGCUGCAUUAAAAUGAAAGGUUUUCUAAAGGGAGUCUGGCAGCUGCGGCUCUUUACACCACAAAGCGGUGGUGCCCAUGGAAACACUACCGCUUUUGUCCACAGGGGGCGCCAAAAUCCACACAAAAUGAAAGUUCCUCGUAGUAACUUUAACUUGAGUUGGCCUCCUACAAUUCUCUAGCUCCUCCUGCUAAAUGAGCUGCUCUACCU